AUGUCACUGAAUAAUGAAGACUCUGGACUCACUAAGCACAGCGAAGAUCAUGAACUAGAUGAUAAUGAUGAUAAUGAGGAGGAGGAUGGCCUUAAUAUUGAUGGUUACAACUUCCCGCUGCCACCUAGUACGACGGUAAUACCGCUGAGCUUGGGGAAAAAGGAUGUGAGCUUGGCUAGCACUCAUUCCCCUACUAUAGUUCUUGAGCCAAAUGGGACUUCACCUCGGUUUUCCAGAACUCCAACCAGGGCAAAGAGGCCUCGUCAGACACUCAAAACAUUUGAGGAUUUAAGAGAGUACAAUCAAAAUAGAUCUCAGGCGCAACCUAGAGUUGAUCCUUCAGAGCAACCACGAACUUUGUUCAGAGAUCUCGAUGCUGAAGGGCAUGUAGUCUAUAGUAGCCCUAGUUCCCCAAAUGAAUAUAUUUCAAAGGAUUCGUGGAGCUCUAUACUUAGACCAGAAGGUCAUGAGAGCCAUUAUGAGCUUAACAGUAAUAUAUUUCAACAUGGCAGCCCUCUUCAGGAAAAUAGGUAUCAAGAUAUCAAUAGGCAGACUAGCCCUGAGCCCGAGUCUAUGAAUGAACCGGGAGUCUCUCACGUAAAUGAGAACAGCCCAUUUCGUCACUCACGGAGGUCUUUAGUCAAUCCAAGUUCGACAGAUUCUCAUCAAAUCCUUUCAGCAGAUAAUAAUGCCCAGGAUUUCAGCUUUCCAAACUGUAAUAAUGCCAGCCAAGACGUCAAUGCCGAGCCUCAGCGUGAAUCGAAUGAUUGGAAAUGCGUGAGACAGGAAACAAUGCAUCCAACAGAGUAUCCGGAACUGGUCGCACGCGAUACUGCUGGCAACAAUUUAUCUGAGUCGCAUUCCAAUUUUUCGGAAAUAUUUCCAAGGCAGACAACCCCAGCUAGAGGGUUUAAUAUUACGAAGACGAAUUCACAACAGUUGGCUGAAGCUCGUAUUGGUAUGAGACACGCAUUGAACGAUACCUAUCAACCACCAGUUUCCGCUCCUAGGCCUAUUAGUACCAGCAGCUUUUCAUCGUAUUAUAAUUAUUUGAUAGAUUUUUCGAAAUCUUUUGCAAUUCCUCCAAAAGCCGAGGAGCUUAAUCACGUUCACAAUACCGCUGGGAGUAGUUCUAUACCUAGCAAUGUUUCUGGUACACUUCUGGCCAACGUUAGCUCCCCUUACUCAUCUGAAUCUGGGCCAGGAGAAGAAGAAGGGAAUCCGGUUCCUAGAGAUUUGAUUGAUAAUGACCAGGCACAAGAACCCGAAGGACUAGGAAUAUUUCAAAACCCAAAGGUUCCUGAAAAGGCGCUCUUGAACCCAAUUUCAAACAAACCCAGUGUUUCGUUCGAGAAUGACGACAGUACCUGUCAAGCUACUGCCGUACCGAGAAGCUUAACUGGUCCGGGAAAUAGCCUGGGACACCUUCCACUUAUGUGGGCGGGAUCUAGGGGAUAUACCAACAAGCCACGGGUCAGUGACGCUACACAGGACGCUAAUACUCCGGCACGCUUUGGUUCCAGGUCCAGAGAGGGAACCCCCUCAGCCCCCAAUUCACCUUCAUCACCUGCUUCGACUUCAAGACUCUCAUCACCAGACCCUUUUAUCGAACAAGAUAACCUCAGUAAAACAAAAACAAUGGCAGGUGCUGGAAAAAGGGACUCUAGGGGUUGGAGGGUGGGAUGGGCGGGGAUUCGGGGUAAAAUCUCGGGCGGGACUGUGUGGUCAUCUCUUAGGGGCAAGGGUGGACCGAGGUCAUCUUCGGACCCAGAACCCACCACCACAAAAACUGCACCAGCAAAGAGAACCAAAAGGCUGGUCAAAAAGACCAGUCACAUGAGGAGGAAUCCUCAUGUCAACUCUACAAGUGCUGACCACGUGGAUGGGGAAGCCCCUGUGAACAACGCCCCAAAUGAUGACGCACGAGAGGAACAGGAGAUUCCCGCUGCUAAACGUAGUACUGGCGAUACUGCGUUGGGAGGCAAAACAUCGAUGGGGGGUAGCUCCAAUCUCCACCCGCCCCAACCUGUCGAGCCAGAUACAACUGAUGUUGUAUCAUCAACCCCACUGAGCGGAAGAGUCUCAGGAUUCUGCAGUGAAACCCUGACAACCUUGAGCAGGAUCUGGAACGUUGGCAUCGAGCCAACGUUCGGUAAGCUCAAACGCAAGGUUGUUAUGGCCAAGGUAAAGUCCCAGCCAGUCUACAUGAGGGGUGCCCGAGUGACUCCAACCCUGAGUGAGAGGGUCAAGUACACGAUGGGGCUGGGCGGUAGAAGCAGAGGAGAAGUGCCCGACGGCGGAGAAAAUCCCGAAGGGGUCGAAAUCACUCCAGUAGCCAACCUCCCGGAGGAUUCCCCAAGCAUUGCGAGCAUUGGACUUCCCCCCAUCAAUCCUUACAAUCCGAGAAAUUCGGACGAAGUCGAAACGAGGCAGUUGGUCGAUCCAGUGAAGGAGACAAUUGCGGCAAGAGGCUCCAAGGGGUUGUGGUCAUCAACUGAUGCCGCAACCCCCAAGCCAUUAACUCGGGAGAGCCUUCGGGGUUUUUUGGCCACGUCCGGAAAUAGAGGAGUGAAACCAUCCGAGUGA